UCUUUCAGGUAUCAAAUCCACACAGGUCUUCAGCAUUCUGUCAUACGGCCCACUCAGCCAAACUGCCUGCCUCUGGACAAUGUGACACUACCUCAGAAACUGAAAGAAGCAGGUUAUUCGACCCACAUGGUUGGCAAAUGGCACUUGGGGUUUUAUCGCAAAGAGUGUAUGCCAACUCAGCGUGGGUUUGAUAGCUUUUUUGGCUCACUUUUGGGCAGUGGUGACUAUUAUACCCAUUACAAAUGUGACAGCCCCCGAAUGUGUGGCUAUGACUUAUACGAAAAUGACAAUGCUGCUUGGGAUCAUGACAAUGGAAUGUAUUCUACUCAGAUGUACACUCAAAGAGUGGAACAAAUCUUAGCCUCCCACAACCCCAGGAAACCUGUAUUUUUAUAUAUUGCAUACCAAGCUGUUCAUUCGCCGCUUCAGGCCCCCAGCAAGUAUUAUGAACGUUACAGAUCAAUCAGUAAUAUAAAUCGGCGCAGAUACGCUGCCAUGCUGGCAUGCCUGGAUGAAGCUAUCAACAAUGUGACACAUGCAUUAAAGCAAUAUGGUUAUUAUAACAACAGUAUUAUAAUUUACUCUUCAGACAAUGGAGGGCAGCCAACAGCUGGUGGGAACAACUGGCCUCUCAGAGGAAGCAAGGGUACUUACUGGGAGGGAGGGGUUCGAGCAGUUGGCUUUGUUCAUAGCCCUUUACUAAAAAUCAAGGGGAGUAUAUGCAAGGAGCUUAUACACAUAACGGACUGGUUUCCAACACUGAUUACCUUAGCUGAAGGACAGAUUGAUGAAAAUACCCAACUGGAUGGCUAUGAUGUGUGGGAGACCAUCAGUGAAGGCAGGCGGUCUCCAAGAAUAGAUAUUUUACAUAAUAUUGAUCCCAUAUACACAAAAGCCCAAAAUGGUUCUUGGGCAGCUGGCUUUGGAAUAUGGAACACUGCCAUUCAGUCAGCCAUCCGUGUAAACCACUGGAAACUACUAACAGGAAAUCCAGGAUACGGUGACUGGGUCCCUCCUCAGUCUUUUAGUAAUGCUGGCCCUAAUCGCUGGCACAAUGAACGGGUUUCGUGGACAGCUGGUAAAACUGUGUGGCUGUUCAAUAUCACUGCUGAUCCUUAUGAACGAGAGGACCUUUCUAGUAAGUAUCCAGGUAUAGUUAAGCAGCUGCUGCGAAGGCUUUCCCAGUUCAAUAAGACAGCUGUGCCUGUUCGCUACCCACCUAAAGACCCCAGGAGCAACCCCAAUUUGAAUGGAGGAGUGUGGGGCCCAUGGUUUAAGGAGGAUAAAAAAAAGAAGAAAUCAAAUAAAAAUAAACCGGGUAAAAAGCAAAAGAAAACCAAAAAGAAAUCUAAUAGGCAGAAAGGACAUUCCUUGAACUGCCUUUUAAGUCAAUAAUUUCAGCUGGAGUUCUAUGCUGCAAUUCUAAUCAUACUUACCUUCUUCAAAAGCAUUUACAGGCUUCAAGGUACAUGUGUGUAGCCUCAGGAUGUCAUUGCUAAAGUGAAAGUAAAAUGUUCUCCAAUAUUUGUAAUUGAGAUAUCAACACCGGAAUGUCAUUUCUGCACUCCUGCCGGUUUUGUUUGGGCUUCCAUUGGAACAGGAGGAUCCAUGUGUAAGAUGUGGUUAGCGUCAAUGCCUAUGCUGAGAAUUAUAAAGUCUUCUGGACAGGUGAGAUGUUUUUGCACUCAUGACUAAAUGAACCCUAAUCUCUAGGACACUUGGCUAUAUGGUUUUGCAUUCAGACACAUCUGUACAUUUAAUUAGUCAUGUGAAAUCUCCACUGGAUCAAAGAAAACAGACCAAAAAGAAAAAGGCAAAAUGUUAAAAUGAGUUUGGGUUUAUCUCCUAAUUUUGAUCCAAUGAAGCAGAAUCAGACAUUAAGUUACCAGAGUAACUUGAAUAAAUUGUGAAAAGGCUGCUUUAAAUUUUGCCUGCCUUUCAGCUGAAAAGGAUUUUCUUUUUCCCUUCUAGAAUAUGCCAGGCUACAAUUCCUUCCGAUAAAAAUAAGCUAUAUACAAAACUGCUUGUAUAUGGUUAUAAUUACAAAAAUAUGCAAAUUGAAAUCCUGGACUGGAUUAUUUGUGCAUUAGUACAUUCAAAUUAAUACAGAAUCCACAUAUAACUUUACAAAGAAUGGCAGUCAUGUAAUAUACCAAGUGCUGCUGAGGAGUGUCCUCUAUGGAAACUGAGUACCUAUGAUGUCUGAUAUCUAGUAUUAUUAGUGAAAUCUGAACAUGGCACAUUUUAAUUGAAAUUGAUGAUUCAAGAUUCAAAUGCAACAAGAUUCUAUUUGAAUCUGUUAGAGAUUUAAUUCAAUAAAUAACCAGACAGGCAUCUAGUACUAACCACAGCACAAAGAUAAAAAAACUUGCAUUAUGAUGUCACUAUACAAACCCCAGUCUUUCAUACUUGGCAUCCCAACAUGUAAGUCAUGUGGUUUGUACUGCAACAUCACAUGUGUUUCAUUAUUUGCCUCCAUGCCAAUGCGUCUAUUGUCAUGGAGAAAAUCUAAGUAGUUGCUAAGAGUCAACACUGACUUGAUGACAUAUAACCCAUCAAUCCAUGCCUCUAUUCAGUCAUAAAUUGUAAGUGGCAGGCAUCAAAAUGCCAACAGUUUGUUCAUUUGGGGGGCAAAAUGAGAUGAAAAUCUAUAGAUCAAGUUUUCACUCAAAUAAAUGCUUGAAAUAUUUUUAUAC